CUUUCCCCACGCCUGCAGCGCAAAAGUACAGAACAGUACAUUACAAUAAAGACUAAAGACGAAGGAAGCCGACGCGGACGCGGACGCGACUCGUGUGUGGCCCUGGCGCUUUAUAAGACAAUAGUGCUGCCAAAACAACCUCGUGCAGUACAUAACUCCUCAUAACUGUACUACGUUGCGUACAGUGUUCUCAAAGUACUGUUCUGUAUGUACAGCCAGCCAGUAUCACCUUCCUGAUUAACGCCGAUUGGAGAGACGAUCUUGUGGGGUCCCGCAACGAAGAAGGUCCGCUGGAGUCGCCGACGAACUGGACAAACUGUGGCGGAACAAGGGAUACCUGAGCUUUUUGAGCUUUGAAAGAGUUUGACUCGUGGCUUGACGCGCUCCCGCCCGACGCAAGUUCCAUACUGUGGUAUUCACGGCGGAUACUCUAGAUAAGUGUGGACAGUGAGCGCCCGCUGUGCAUCGACUGGGACAAGACAAGCAAAUCCCUCUCUUGCCACUGGUGGAUACAUUUCAAUAACGAUACGAAAAGAGUCGCAUGUACUCUACUCUAUAUUACUCUACUCUGCUUCAUUUUACUGCAGAGUAUAUAAAGUAUAUACAGUUAGUAUACAGUGAGUGUAUACAGUAGCUGGAAAGAAAGUACUCUCGCUCGAGACUCAUUUGCUCAGCUGAGGUCGCCAUUCAGAACACAAAGCUUCAAACCACCAACGCCUUCUAGUGGUUGGAUAUAUUGACCGACUGGAAGUACCUCACAUUCUUCUACAUCUACAUACAUACUCGAGUACCUCGUGAAUAUCAUCGAAAGAGACGACGUUAAGAGUUAUCGCAUUCGAGAAGCUCAAAUCGAGAAUAGCACAGCAGCAACCGCCGCCUGUACACACCCAUUCUCUACCUUACCGUCGACUUCUCAUCGCGUGUCGGCUGGUUGACGAACUAUCAUCCUUGAAUCCUUGGAUCUUGAGAGAAUUACUGUAUGCUGAGUACUGAUUACUCUCCAAGUAUACGUACCGUACCGCGCGGAGUGUAACGGUAACGGCGACGGCACGCACCAUACCAUACCAGACCGAACAGACCAGACAGAUCAGACAGACCAGAUCAGAUCAGACCAGACCGACUGAAAAGACACCAAAAAGCCGCGUCUCUCUCGACCCUAAUGAUAGGCUUUGCCAUCAGCUUAUUAUAUUCCACAGAGAAAGAAACCGAUGGGGACCGAGGAACACCUUUUCGCAUUAUUGUUCUCGCUGUAUUAGCUGGGAUCACUUGAACUAAACUGUUCUGGUUCGCGACGUAAUCUCUGGCAGGCUUCGCUAGUUGAAAGCCACAGGCUCCGAAAGGGACGUGAUCGCAUCCCUCAGCUAUCACCCACUACUCCUCUAGCCGCGACUGCUAUCGCCAACCGGGAAACAUCAACCAUCACCGACCAUCCCCAACCAUCCCACAGCUUCCCGUCGCUGCGCAUCAUCGGGAAUACGUUGUAACACUUGGUUUCGGGACAAUAUCCAAUUGUGUCUGGAGUCGCCACGGCUUCCCUCGUGAAUUGCGACUGCGACCGCCCGUUGCCGCGACGCGGAGACUUGCAUCAGCCUGCCUGUCGCCACAUUCAUCAACUCGGCGAGCUUGCUAUCACACACACGAACUCAAGUCGCGACCGGCGACCCUACCGCCAUGUAUUCCGGAGUCCAGGACAGCGCGGGCUCAGGCACCGGCACAUUAAAUCCUGCGCUCCUCAACUCUGCAAUCGCCAAUCCAUCAUCAUCCUUACCGUCUGAUGUCAGCCCGCGGGGCACGAAACGAAGCCGUUCGCCAACGGAGACUUUCAACGAGUUGCACAAUGCAGAUGAGAAUGGUGACGGCAAGCCGAGAAAGAGAGGACGACCGAUGAAACCACCAAGCCGCACAUCUGGCGGAGUAUCCGAGAGCCCAACACAACAAACGGUGUCACAACCUGCCCAGAAUAUAUUGCCACAGACCCCGCAGCAACAAACAACUGCGCUGCCGCUACCUCUGAAUUCGGUGGUGCCAGCCCAGGCAUCUCCACCCAAGACCACACCUUCCAAGCCUGUGGUGAAGGCACUACCUACCGUACGCGACCACACUACAGAUCAGCUGGGCCCAGAGGGAGACGAGUACAUCCCAAGGGAGUACGAUGAUGCUGGAGAGAAAAAGGUAGGUCCUACUGGACACCUGAACGAUGGACGGGAGUACAAAUGCAGGACGUUCUUCGUGCCCGGGAGAGGUGAUAAAUUAUUUAUGCUGGCGACCGAAUGCGCACGAGUCCUCGGUUAUAGGGACUCGUACCUUCUAUUCAACAAGAACCGGUCCCUAUACAAGAUCAUUGCGACCCAGGAGGAGAAGGAGAACCUUAUCCAUCAAGAAAUCCUCCCGUUCUCCUACCGAUCUCGUCAAAUUGCGAUAGUCACGGCAAAGUCCAUGUUUCGCCAGUUUGGCAGCAGAGUGGUCGUGAAUGGGCGAAGAGUGCGGGAUGAUUAUUGGGAGACGAAAGCACGGAAACAAGGUUUCACAGAAGCUGAUUUGGCGGGCGAGAAGAGACCAGGUGGGGCGAAGGCCAGAGACGCAGCGGCCGCUGAGGCGACUGCAAACGCAACUGCGAUGCUUGGUCACCAAGGAGAUGUUGUUUACAGCAGUGCUCCGGUGCAUUUCAACCAUCCUCAACCUCAGACUGUUCAGCCCGGCAUGCUGGGACCAGCUGGCGGUGGAACGCCUCUACCAAUGAUCACAUUGACUCCAGAUCAGAAUGAGCUACGGCUGGGAGAAUAUCGCAACGUUUCCCGUCCAAGGCAGGAGAUCACAGGCCCCGCGUACCAGGACCGAACCCAGUCAAGCCCACCAGGAGAACUGCUCACGCAGUCUCACCACGCUGCUGAGUAUAACAAGCAAGUUAAUCAGCAGAGGAACUUUCGUGGCAAAUACAUCGAGGAGAUUUGGAGACAGCCACACGAGCCCCUGGUUCCGAGCCUUCCACCGACUACAAGCCUCAGCGACAAUCUGCCAUCCGUGACACAGUCACUGCAGUCGCCCCAUCAGGGUACGAGUAACGUGCAACAACCGAUGCUGUUAAACCAGCCGGGCCAAAGCAUGAUUUCAGGCACUUCUUAUACACAACCGCCGCACCAACCUAACCCUCUUGCACAGACCCCGAUGAGGGGCGUACCACAGGGCGCCAUGCGGUCCGACCAAAUGCACGGAAGAUCUCCAAGUCUAUCUUUGGCAUCUACUGGCAUGGGACAGGGAGCACAGUACGGGUAUCCCUCGCAAACUCAAAUGUGGCCACCGUCACAGACUCAUCAAUCUUCACACCAGGCUUAUCCUCACUAUAGCCCCCAAGCUAGCCAACAAUCUCCUCACCUACAGCAGUCCCCCCACCAGUCACCCACACAAUUGCGGCACGCUGGAGGCAGCGCCCAACUCCCACCCGGCAUGCAAUAUCAAAACAUGGGCCAGGGAUAUCCUUCCCAAAGCCGAGGAAUAUACCAGCCAGACCAAAUACAACAGCAGUAUGUGCAACCACAAACUGCGCAAGCACCAGCCACGCCUCAAAAUUGGGCAUCACAGCAGCAGCCUGGCACCCAGGGUUCUUGGGGAUGGGGCACUCAAGGAUAAUAAUCUCCGCAUCAAGUGAACAACGAAACGCCUUUGACGCAUAACAUUCGAGCACAACACGAUCGAGACGGCGAUACGUAUGGAUCAUGCAAUCAACGAUAAUGUUAAUACACACGUUCAGGACAUGAACGCGGAAACGGGAGUCGUAUUUGUCUCCCCGGCAUCGCCCAUUACGAUAUGGAAGACGGAGUUUAGGUGGACUUGGGGAUAAUUGGUCAAUUUUCUCCACCCUGGGGUAUACAUAAGGAGCAUGAGCUGUGGGGCUGCCGACUGUUUAAUUCGGUGUAAAUUAUUCUAGGGUGGACUUGUUAUUUGGGGGCUUCGUGCUCUUAACAUGCGUGGUUUCGCAUUAUACCUCGUUUUUAUUUAGUUAUAAUUCCUUUUCCAACACUUUUCUCUCCACGAGGUUUUCUUUUUUAGUGCUAUCAUCAUGGAGGAAUGCAUUUCAUUUGGCACACUUUGUUUUCUGAGUUUAGGGAUUAAUGCGGCUCGUUCUCAUCAUUGCGCUUUUCUCUCGCCAGGCUGACUAUAAUGUUUCGCUUUCGGCCAAACCCCAUGCAUAUUUCCUUUAACCAACAUGUUGUUUUGUUUUCGCUAGGGCUGGGCUGUCACCGUGCAAGAGAAAGAGAGGGGAGGCAAUUUCUAUUGGCAAAGGGACAUAUUUUCGAGGCUCUAUGUGAUUUUUUUUUUACCUUUUUCAGGUUUUCAUUAUGGAUUGGGACGCGUUUGUUGCAUUUGCGAUGGGCUUCGUCGUUUGGCUUGGUAUCCUUGGAAUUGGAUAGCAUGCGAGCAUGUGUGCAUGAGAUAUACCCAGAUGUGACGACACGGGAGGUAUGGAUUUGCCCUAUCCUAAUUACAAUGGAAACACU